AGGAUUCCGUGGCUUAACGAAUGUCAAAAAGGAAACAGGAACUGGAGGACAUUGUGAUUUUCAACCAGCAGAUUCCUAUUGCACAAUGGACUAUCUUCCACUGAGAUACCCUCCCGAUUCUGUAGCUGCUGCUUUAGGAUCAGAUGCCAGUUUUAACCUUCCCCUGACGUCGGACUUUGAUAUCAGUUCCUUCUCCCUCGAUUUCGCUCCCGUUUUCACUGUUGACGAUCAUUCUUCAUUUGCGGCACUGCUUAAUAGCGAUGGAACGCCCCCUACAGCCCCUAUUCCAAAUAUGUCUGGAGACGUCAGCCCUUUGGCAGGAACACGAGCAGCUGGUCCUGACUUCCACUUUGGUGAUGCAGCGACGGAGUUUGAAUUUGGCUUUGACUGGGUUAAUGCAGCACAAUCUAUGGAGGACGACCCUCUACCGGUGCCGCAUGCUCGGUCUCUGGGCCCUGACUGCAACCCCAAAGUCUCAAAUGCUGGCAGUGACAAACCACCGACUUCUGGCUCAUCAAAGAGAAAAUCUAUGAGUGGCGAUAGUUCUAAACCACCAAAACCUCCCGUAUCUACCCGAAGAAAAGCUUGCGAGCCCUGUCGAGCCAAGAAGCUCCGAUGUGACGGAGUGCGGCCUCACUGUUCAACAUGCGCCCGAUCUCCGCAAGGACCGAGACAGUGUAUAUAUUACGCCGAUAAUCCGACGGCAGCUGCUGCACUGAUGAGCGCAAAUGGUGAUCAAAAUGAGUGUAAAGAAAAGAAACGCCGAGGUGGGGACAUGAAGGCACUUGAGGACAGGGUGAAUGCCUUGGAAGCGAUGCUUGCUACCGCUAUUGCGGGUUCAUCGUCAUCAUCGACGAGCUCCCCUCCCCCGGUGCCUGAAACGUCCCCAUCACCCCAACAAGAACCAGGUUACUUGAGCAACGAGCCAUCACCCCAACAAGAACCAGGUCACUUGAGCAACGAGCCGUCACCCCACAACUCUCCCGCCACACAGUUUGACCGAGAAGACUCGGAAAUGGAAUUGGUCAGCGACGGGCCACCGGGGCCACCUAUGGAUCUUCAAUCAGUUGCUGCGGCGGUGACCGUUUCGAAAACAUGGUUUUGCGACCUUGCAAAUCGAUUGCGCUUCUUAAAAAUUACGCAGCCGGCGGCAAUUCAGCAUCAACAGCAACCAGCCUUACCACCACCUCCCCCGUCCGACAUGCUACCAGACUUGCAUGAAGUUGUUGUACGAUAUGACUUACUUGAACUGUACUUUAGCCGAAGGGCCGCGUUUCUACCCUUUGAUUUCCUUCACAAGGAAACGCUCAUGCGCAACAUCCAUGAAGAAUCGCCGAUGCUUUUGUUUGCAUUGUAUGCUGCCACAUGCCGUGCAUCCAGUGACGAGCUUGUACGCAAUUCCUUUGCCUUUUUCUAUGCCAGAGCCAGAAAACUGAUUUCUGUGCAUGUGGAGUGUCCGACGUUGAGCGGUUUGCAAGGAAUUUUGUUCCUUGCUUCAGCAUCAAUAACGCAGGGAUUGAUGUCAACGGCUUGGAUGUACUUGGGCAUGGCAUGUCGGAUGGCGCAGUUUAUCAGGUUGGACGUGGAGCCGGACGAUCUGGGAAUAACAAAUUGGGCAGAGGCCGAAAGUAGGCGCCGCACGUGGUGGUGUGUUUACACGAUGGAACUGAUCAAGAACACGGUUUUGUCGAGGACACCCUUUUUUAGGGGAAAUCCGGGGAGCGUCAAGUACCCCGUGGCCGAUGCCAUCUGGGAAGCCGCGGAUGCCAUUGGAAAACUUCCGCCACAAAUGGAGGGAGGCAGCUACGUGGCAUGGGCUGAGAAGGGAUUCCGCUUUAUGGAUAUUUAUUCUAAGGCGGUAGAAUAUAAUCGUCAAGCUCUCCGUGACGGCGUAGAUUUCAACGCGGUGGAUCCGGCUCUCACUGUGCUAGAGGCGGAAAUGGAGAACUGGUUUCACACCUUGCCGUCAAGUAUACGUCUGGUUGAAAGUCGAUACUCGUAUGCGCUAUCGCCUGCUUCCGACGAUCCACCAUCAAUUCACGCUGUGACAUGUUACAUGCUAUAUCAAGGCGCCAUGUGUCUCCUCUAUCGACCGAGAAUGGUAGCCGCCUUUUUGAGUCCCUUGAAACAUCCAAUGGGUGUCAGGGCUAUUGCGGUAGCUCAAAAAGCAGCCAAUGAUUUGGGUAGUUUAGCCCAGCGACUCGUGGCCCCCAAUAGCAUCAGUGGAGUGGAUGGGGUGGCCUCGGAUUACGGAACGUUUCUUCCCGCCAUGGGGCUUUUUGAAGCGGGCAUUAUCUUGAUCAUGUCGUCGGCUCUCGCAUGCGUUCGAGACGAGCCGGAGGCAUGCAGUGCCGCCCAACAAAACCUCUUUGGCGUCCUCAAACUUUUGCGUGCCUUGGGUAAACGGCUACCUGCGUGUCGCCUCAUGGCUGAUGUCAUCCAGGUCAUCAACAAGGGGGUCAUGAAAGGGAAAGCCUGUUUGAAUUCCGAAAAUCCAGAGGAAUGGAUGAAGACAUUUGUGGGGGGAGAUGAAGGCGACUUGGAGAAAGGGAUUAGUGAUGAGUUUUUGAGUAAUUUGAAAAAACGAAUGCUUGCUAUGCCCGACGGUCUGGUUGGAGGUGAAGCGACUACAUGCCAGUAGUCGCAUUCUUGCGCAUAUAUCUUUUUUUGAAAAGUAGUGGGGAGGGGUAUUUUUUUCUAGUUUGCAAUUGUAAUAUAGAUUUGGAUUCCAUUGACACGCAUUGGUUACUACCAUUACCCCCCUUGCAUCAGCAGCGUUGGGCAUAGUGAUUACAUAUUUUCUUAUCGCACAAGUGUGUGAACUAC